CGACUAUCAAAGACGAUGGAAGUGGAAUGAGAUACAUCACGUCACUCGACGUGUUGAUUGGUCAAGGUUCUGGCAGUGUGACUCCACACCACUUUAAAUGGGAUGCCAGAUCGACUGUAGCGGAGAUCUCUUCGGUCUUCAGGAAAACACUGUGGGGAGAUUGUAACCAGAGCUGGUGCAUCAAUGAAUGAGGAACCACAAGAGAGCCCGGCCCCAGGCAGAGAGCCUGUGCAGGAUGAUGUGGGACAGACCACAGAGGAGAAACCAAGCAGCAGAGCAGAGAGCCCCUCCAGGCCAGCACCCUCACAUGAGCCCAUUGGGCCCUCAGACUCUCUUCCUCCUCAGGAAACCCCCAGCCCCAUUCCUAUAGAAAAAUCCCCAGAGGAGGCAAAUGAAGAGGAGGCGAGGGCUGCAGGUGGUGAGCCUCCUGCUGACUGGUUCGAGCCCCUCGAGGAUGAUGAAGAGGAUGAUGCCAAUUCCUAUUUUGGUAGGAAUGAUGCAGAGGAAGAAAGCCUGGCAGGGGAAAGUGAGAGGAGUGAGAGCGUGGCAGGCAGCGAGAAGGCCUUCAAAAAGAUAUAUCAGAUUCAAACCCCUCGCCGUAAGCGGUCUCAUCCUGACGAGGGAUGGGAGGAAUGGCUUGCACUUGGAGAGGGGUGGAAACGCAAAGAAGUUAUUCGGCGUUCAGGGAGCAGUAUUGGUCAGAAGGAUGUGUAUUACAUGAGUUCUAACAUUGACUGUUUUUCUUUACAGAGUGAAUUUGCAGACUCACAGCACCAGAGUCUCAAAAGCAGUGAUACAGAGAACUUCUCGGUCAACGUGGACGUUGAAGAUGAGGAUGAUAUGUCAACUGACGAUGAUGAUGAUUGGCAUAAGAAGCGAAAGCGACGCUCGUGUGGAGAAUGCAAAGCCUGUCUCUGCAGGAAAGACUGUGGCACGUGUGAUUUCUGUGUAGACAAACCCAAGUUCGGAGGCAGCAACAAAAAGAGGCAGAAGUGUCGUCUACGGCAGUGUCAGAGGCAGGCGAUGAGGCACCUACUGCCCUUCCAGAUGGGACAAGGAGACUUUGGGCCAGAUGGUCCGAUGACUCCGGGUAGGCCACGACCUCACUACACAUACAGUCGUAAGUCGAAUUUAAAGAAAAACAAAGGGCAAAAUUUCGGCUUGGACUUCACUGACAAUGAAGACGAUGACUUCCAACCAAUAAGUUGGAGCACUGAGCCUGCCAGGGGUAGCAAACACAGUGAACUGAAUCCACUGAAUUACUCAAAUCCGGAACAGCGGAAUGGACUGUCUGAGAGAGUGCCUCACGUCAGCCAUCAUAACUACAGUCAGCUAGACCAGCAAAGGAGAUCAGGCAGAGAUGGUGUAAAGCCCUUUGAAGAUGAUGAUGAAGACGAUGAGGACGAGGAAGAGGAGUUGCCCAUGAUCACACAGAUCUACAGUUUGGCUGAUAAUGCAGCAGGAAGUGGUACUGACAUAGAAAACCAGCUGAUGAAACUGCUACACUCUUUACGAACCUCUGUGCUACCAAUCUUAUGGUAUGCCAUCAUGGUCGAGGGCCCACAGCUGCAGGUCAUCCAGUGUUCCAAACAGUCUAACAUGACAGACACCAUGGUGCUCAUCGACCCAGGCUUCUUCUAUCAGGUGACUGUCCAGAAGCAGCCACUGCUCCCCACCCACCCGCUGUACGACAACUACCCUGCACGCUUAACCUCAGUGACUGAGGUGGUCAAUCUGCUUCUGGGCCUGGAGAAAUAUGCUGUGUGCCAGGGUCUGUCCCCCAAAGAGUCAUCACCUAAAAAAGACCCCAUCGUAUUAGAACGUGCAUCAACGUGUGAUUUCUUGGUGAAGAGGAACGUGAACAUCUGUAGUCACUGCAGAGCGCUGCAAGGACUUUAACUUCAGCACAGACUGCAGAAAAUCUCUGACCACAUUGGAAACAACCGAUUCGCUGGUGCAACUAUGUGCCAUUUAUUUGUCUUUGUUCCGUUUUAUAUAUUUUUUUAGCCUUAGGUAGUAAUAUUUAUAUAUAUAUAUAUAUAUGA